AUGACUUCGGCGCUCUUCUUCCUCGACCUCAAGGGCAAGACCCUUCUUGCCCGCAACUACAGAGGUGACAUUCCCAUGUCAGCAGUUGAGAAGUUCCCUAUUCUCCUGAGUGAAGCCGAAGAGGAAUCAUCCGCUGUCCCGCCAUGCUUCUCCCACGAGGGCAUCAACUAUCUCUACAUCAGACACAACAACCUCUAUCUGCUUGCAUUGACGAAACGAAACACAAACGCGGCCGAGAUAUUGCUUUUCCUACAUAAGAUUGUCGAAGUGUUCACAGAAUAUUUCAAGGCACUAGAGGAAGAAUCUAUCCGCGACAACUUUGUCAUCAUAUACGAGUUACUUGAUGAAAUGAUGGACUUUGGAUAUCCACAGACAACCGAAAGCAAGAUCCUACAAGAGUACAUCACGCAAGAGUCGCACAAGCUCGAAGUACAGGCCAGGCCACCAAUCGCAGUCACUAAUGCUGUGUCAUGGCGGUCCGAGGGUAUUAGGUACCGAAAGAACGAGGUCUUCUUGGACGUCGUCGAGAGCUUGAACCUCAUGGUUGCUGCAAACGGCAACGUCUUGCGAUCAGAAAUCCUCGGUGCUAUCAAGAUGAAGUGCUACUUGUCCGGAAUGCCUGAACUGCGUCUGGGAUUGAACGACAAGGUCAUGUUUGAAUCGACUGGAAGGACGACGAGAGGCAAGGCUAUCGAGAUGGAAGACGUCAAAUUCCACCAAUGCGUGCGGUUGGCCCGUUUCGAGAACGACAGAACAAUCUCCUUUAUCCCACCCGAUGGCGAGUUCGAGCUCAUGAGCUACCGUUUGAACACACAAGUCAAGCCCUUGAUCUGGGUAGAGUGCAUGGUAGAGAGCCAUUCUGGAUCAAGGAUAGAGUACAUGGUCAAGGCCAGGGCUCAUUUCAAGAGGAGGAGCACGGCGAAUAAUGUUGAAAUCAUCGUGCCUGUACCCGACGACGCAGAUUCGCCCCGUUUCAGGACAAACAUCGGCAGUGUCCACUACGCACCGGAGAAGAGCGCCAUUGUGUGGAAGAUUAAGCAAUUUGGUGGCAGCAAGGAGUUCUUGAUGCGCGCUGAGCUUGGUCUGCCCAGUGUCCGCGGUGAUGAUGAGCACGGAGGCGGCAUGACGGGUGGUUUUGGUGGAAGUAUGGGUGGCGUCUCUGCUGGCAAGGGCGCCAAGAGACCCAUUCAGGUCAAAUUCGAGAUUCCGUACUUUACGACGAGUGGUAUUCAAGUGAGGUACUUGAAGAUCUCGGAACCAAAGCUGCAAUAUCCCUCACUUCCUUGGGUACGAUACAUCACUCAGUCAGGCGAUAUCGCGGUCAGAAUGCCGGAUGUAGCUUAA